AUGCAUCUGUUUGAUCUGCGGACUUUGCUGGCUAUACUAGUAAGUAUUUGUGUCGUCUUUCAAGCAUUCCCACUUGCUACUGUCCCCUUGAACAAGAACUUGAUAUUAGGACAAUAUAUGGGCUACCAUUUUGGUGUAUUUGGAUGGUGUUUUGUUGACAAGGGAGUCACCAUAGCCUGCCAUUGUAAGUUCAGACCAGACUCGAUAGAGACCUAUAAGUAUACCGAUCAACUACUGUUCCCAUCAUUGUACAAAGUAACUAUAUCAACGUUGCUCGUUGUACACCCUGUGUCAUUCGCAUUCACUUGCAUAUUGUGGAUCAUGGCUUUAAUAAUAAGACUUUCAAGAUUUGGGAGGUGUCCUAUAUUCAUACUGAGCGCAGCGACUUGGUCGUUAGCGGCAUUUCUAUUGGCAUUGCUUUCAGCUUUAGUCGAUCUACUUUUAUUUGUCAAUAAACUUAAAUGGCCAGGUUGGCUGGUGCUUGCCUCAGUACCUCUCAUGGCUAUCUGUUGUUCAUGGUUGUGGUCACUAAGAAGGCAAGUCUCAGCCAUAUUUUAUGAACGUAAAGCAUACGCAACUCAGACAUACUCAAGAUUUGACAGUAUGGAACUUUCACACAUUGAUACAAAAUUCUCAGAUGAUCAAUCUAUUUAUGAGACUUAUACCUUGGAAAGAGUUCCCUACUCUAAAAAUGAGGCGAUUGAAGAACCAGCAUUAACGUAUUAUACCUCUUCUUCAUAA